GAAAAUUUUGAGAUAAAGGGUUGUGAUAAUUUUGGAUUUCUUGAUUAAAUUCAGCUCAAUGGGUAAAGGAGGGGGUUGUAUGCCAACCAAGAACAAGUUUCCUAUAAAUGAACCAGCAGAGAGACCAGUGAGUCAAACUGAUAUAACAGGAACAGGGUCAGAAGCAGAAGGGUCCAAGAAGUUGAGAAUAUUCAUUGUGUUUUAUUCAAUGUAUGGACAUGUUGAAACAUUAGCUAGAAGGCUGAAAAAAGGGGUUGAUGGUAUUGAAGGUGUUGAAGGGGUUUUGUAUAUGGUUCCUGAAAUUUUGGCACCAGAUGUUUUGGAACGAAUGAAAGCCCCCCCAAAAAAUGAUGAGAUUCCAGUGAUAUCUGUGGAUGAGCUGAUGGAAGCUGAUGGAUUCUUGUUUGGAUUUCCUACAAGAUAUGGAUGUAUGGCAGCUCAGAUGAAGGCAUUUUUUGACUCGACGGGGAAGUUGUGGAGAGAACAAAAGCUUGCUGGAUUGCCUGCAGGGUUCUUUGUCAGUACUGGUACACAAGGAGGUGGGCAGGAGACCACCGCCUGGACAGCAGUCACUCAAUUAGCUCACCAUGGGAUGCUCUAUGUUCCAAUAGGAUACACGUUUGGAGCAGGAAUGUUUAGAAUGGAUUCAAUAAUUGGAGGUUCUCCAUAUGGAGCAGGAACUUUCUCUGGAGAUGGUAGCAGGGAACCUAGUGAACCAGAGUUGGCACUGGCCGAGCACCAGGGCAAGUACAUGGCAAUGACAGUUAAAAGAUUGUCUCAGCACCAUUCCUUACGACCUGGUAAUCCUAGCUCUCGGCGGUUUUAGAAAUUGAAAAAUGUCCAAAUUUUCCCCUCUACUAUAUGAAAUGUCUUAAUUUUAAGUUAUACUUUGGGGUCAUUCUUACCUUUGUCGUUAAUGAGUCGUCUUUAUAUCUGUCUUUGCCUUCAACAGAGGUCCAAAGUGAAC